AUGAGCUCAUCUCACCUAAACAAAGGAGCUGAGAGCCAGUUUCGAGCCUCAGAGGAGCAUGAGCUGGAGGCAGUGGGGAAAAAAGCUUGGGAUAAUCCUGUUUACAAUGGCUCUCCCUCUACCUCUUUGAAGAUUAAAGCCAUCUACAACCCCAAGUCCAUCCUGGAGAAUCCCUAUGAGAACUUUGAAGAGGCAGGGGAUGCACUGACGUACCAGGAAAAGCAGAGCAAAGCUGUGGAUGGGAAGACAAGUCGUUUCCUCAAGUGCUGCUCCUAUAUCUUCAGAGGCAUCCGAGGUCUGUGGGGCACUACACUGACUGAGAACACAGCUGAAAACAGAGAGCUUUAUGUGAAGACCACACUGCGAGAGCUGCUAGUCUAUAUUGUGUUCUUGGUUGACAUCUGUCUACUGACAUAUGGAAUGACAAGUUCCAGUGCCUAUUACUACACCAAAGUGAUGUCUGAGCUCUUCCUGCAGACCUCUACGGACAGCCGUGUCUCCUUCCAGUCCAUCAGCAGCAUGGCUGACUUCUGGGUGUAUGCACAAGGCCCCCUCCUGGAUAAUCUUUACUGGACAAAGUGGUACAACAAUGAGUCCCUAGCAGCUCACAGCAGCCAGUCAUACAUCUAUUAUGAGAACCUUCUGCUGGGUGUCCCACGCAUACGACAACUGAAGGUGAAGAACAAUUCCUGUGUGGUCCAUGAUGACUUCAAGGAGGAAAUCUCAGGCUGCUAUGAUGUAUACUCAGAUGACAAGGAGGAAAGGGUCUCCUUUGGACUCAUCAAUGGAACGGCAUGGAAGUACCAUUCUGAGGAGGAGCUGGGUGGCUCAUCUCACUGGGGAAGAGUAACUAGUUACAGUGGGGGUGGAUAUUACAUAGACCUCAAGUUGACCAAAGAAGAGAGUGCUGAAGCCCUGCAAAUCUUGAAGGAGAAGUUGUGGUUGGAUCGGGGCACACGAGUUGUCUUCAUUGAUUUCUCUGUGUAUAAUGCAAAUAUCAACCUAUUCUGUGUUCUGAGGUUAGUGGUCGAGUUUCCAGCCACUGGUGGUGCCAUUCCCUCCUGGCAAAUACGGACAGUCAAGCUUAUACGAUAUGUCAGCGCGUGGGACUUCUUCAUUGUUGCCUGUGAAACUGUCUUCUGUGUCUUCAUCUUCUACUAUGUGGUGGAGGAGAUCUUGGAGCUGCGUAUCCACAGGCUUCAGUACUUCACCAGCAUCUGGAACAUUCUGGAUUUGGUUGUCAUUCUGCUAUCCAUCGUCGCUAUUGGUUUCCACAUCUUUCGCACCAUUGAAGUAAACAGACUGUUGGGAGAGUUGCUGAAACACCCUGACACUUAUGCAGACUUCGAGUUCCUGGCGUUCUGGCAGACACAGUACAACAAUAUGAAUGCAGUCAACUUAUUCUUUGCCUGGAUCAAGAUAUUCAAGUAUAUUAGCUUUAACAAAACCAUGACCCAGCUCUCCUCCACUCUGGCACGUUGUGCCAAGGACAUCCUGGGCUUUGCCAUUAUGUUCUUCAUUGUCUUCUUUGCCUAUGCCCAGCUGGGUUACCUUCUUUUUGGGACACAAGUGGAAAACUUCAGUACCUUUGUUAAAUGCAUCUUUACCCAAUUCCGGAUCAUUCUCGGUGAUUUUGACUACAAUUCCAUUGACAAUGCCAACAGGGUUCUUGGGCCUAUUUACUUUGUCACCUAUGUGUUCUUUGUUUUCUUUGUGCUCCUGAACAUGUUUCUGGCCAUCAUCAAUGACACGUACUCAGAAGUCAAGGAGGAGCUUUCAAGCCAGAAGGAUGAGCUGCAGCUCUCAGACAUUUUGAAGCAGAGCUACAACCGGACACUCAUGAAGCUGAAGCUGAAGAAAGAGCGGAUUUCUGAUGUGCAGAAAGCACUGCAGAAUGGAACAAAAGAACUGAACUUUGAAGACUUUAAGAACAGCUUGAAGGAACUGGGCCACGCAGACCAUGAGAUCACAGCAGCCUUCUCCACAUUCGACAAAGAUGGCAAUCACAUUCUUGAUGAAGAGGAGCAACAGCAGAUGAAGCAUGACCUGGAGGCAAAAAGGGUUGCUCUGAAUACAGAGAUUGAAAAUUUGGGGAAAUCCUAUGGUGAUGACAACCUGGAUGAGAAUCUGACCUACGUGGAAGCAAGGAAUAACCCUGCCAAUAAGGCCAGCUGGGUCUCCAGAGAAGAAUUUCAAGUCAUCCUGAAACGUGUGCUGAAGCUGGAACAGUCCAUGAACAGCAUUAGCUCCAAGAUUGAUGCAGUGAUGAACAAGCUAGACAUCCUGGAAAGAAACAAACUGAAGCAGAAGGACAUGUUGGGCAAGCCGCUAGAUAAUGCUAGCAAGGAGGAAGAAUGCAGUCAGGAAGAGCUGCUCCUCCAGAGCCUAGACCAGCUGGGGAAAGAAAAAGCUGGAAGCCAGGGAAUGGGAUGUGUACGGGGAAAUAACCAAAAUGGGGUCUACCCCAUCUUGCCCAAAACAAGUGUGCUGGGAUCUCAGAUGCCCAAAACCAUCCAGCCGCAGUCUGAUGUGCGCUUCUAAAGAACAGCCCAGUGCUCUCAGUCUGCCUCCUCUCAGUCACUGUCAGUCAUUUCCCCACUGUUAGAAAAAUCAGGACAGAUGGUUGCAGAUACCACUGUUGCCAGGAACUGGAGAUGUGAAAAGUCAGGGAUGUCCUUUUUCCAGCAUAAUGAUGUGUAAUGUCACUGAGCUAGAAUUUCUGGCCCCUGUAUGUCUGGAUUAGGUAGAAAUAUGAAACCAAGUAUUGUAUUGGUUUUCAGCCUCCAAAUAGGACGAUGCAAAGUCCUUUAUGCUUUCCCAAAAAGCAGAGACAUCAGAAUUCUGUGAACACUUAUGUCCAGAGUGGCACAUUGCAACUUGUUCUCUAUGCACACAAUUGUCUGCAGGACAAAGAUGUAGUAAUCACACAAACAAAAAAAGAAUAUAAUAGUUAAUGCGAGAUGGAAAGGAGAAACUUAGCUAUUUGUGUCUAACUGGUUACCAGUAGUUUUGUUCUGUUGUACUUUGUUUCCAGAACACUUUGGUAACCCUCUCUGUAUCUUAGAUUCAGAUGUUGAGAAAAAGAGUAUGCUAACACCUUAUUCUGGGUAACUAAAAUGAGAGCUGGAGGAGAUCUGAAAUAUGAACGGAGAAGCAGUUGUUAGUGGUAGAGUCAGAGGUCUGAGUAUUAGGGAAUAGCACUCUGGUUACAUGGUUUCUAACACAGCUGUAGACACUAAGAAGUCUUUGUUGCCUAUUUUCACACUCCUUAAAUUGCAUUUCAAGGUAUAAUACUUCACAAACCAGUAUCAUGUAUAAAAAGUUGCUACAUUUUUCAUAUUUGUCAAGGAAACAAUUUUGUUUGCACUUGUGGGUGCUGACACCAUUUCAGUUUAGGAAUAUUGUGGAAAUAAGGUGAAUGUUAGUUUUGCAAUCACAUGUAAAAUGCUUCCGUUCCAGGCAUUUUUCACUUUGUAAGGCUUCUCAUUCCUUGUAGUCGGUGCAGACUGUUGGGCUAUUACAGAACUGCUGUAAAUGUAAUUCAAAUAUUUAGUCCCCUUCUGAGCUGUGCCAAACGUCUGCAGGACCAGCACUACAGAUAAGUCGCCCACUGAGGCAGGGAUGCCGCAGCCACUGCAGCGAAGCUCAAGAAUCCUGCGGGCACUACACACCAGGAAGCCACCUCUACCACCCUGCUGCUUUCUGCAUAGGGACCCUUGUAAGUGUUGGGGAAGGCAGGUGAGGCAAGAGGACAAUGUUGUGGCAGCUGGGCUUGGAUCCACGGGACAGUGACCAUCAGCCUUGGGCAAGCAGGUUACAGGUAAUGUGGGAUUCUUUUUAGGGCAGCGGGAGGAGCAAAAUAGUUGUGUUUGUGCUGCAAGGUUAGUUCAUGUCUGAAUCCCAGGAAACCACCUUUCUCCAGCAAAGGGAAAGCCUGGAGUCCCCACAGGCACAUUGCAGCUGGGAGAGAUGUCUGCCCCUCACUCUGCCUGUCCAUGGCAAUCACAGGAGCAGCAAGCCCGGCUUGCCAAGGUUCCCCUCUUCCCAGUGACAAGAGCUUGUCAGCCUCUUCUCCUUUGAGGUGAGAGGCAACAGUCAGCCUGCCCUCCUGAGGAGCACUGAAUGAGCUCUGGCUGGGACCAGACAAGAACCACAAGCUGCACUGGUCGCCUGGAGUCAUCAACAGACUGGUUAGCAAGCUCCUUUCCCCCUUUCUGGCAGGAAGACCCUUCACCCUGUGCUGUGAUUUUGGUGGUACCAGUGCCUCCUCAGUGUAAAACAAGUUCUGUUACUGGUAUAUGGCUGUGUCUGCUUUAGCAUUUUCUCUUACUUGUAUGGCUCUAUGCAACUGUGUCUUGUCUGUUCCUUGUCAACAUGUCAUCAUGUAUAUGAUGUAUCGUAGAGUAGGGCAAGGCAAUCACUUGUU